UUCCCGGAUUUCGGGAGACAAUGAACCCUUAGUAACCUUAGUAAUAAUUGAGAACCUCGUACGAUUUCUGCAGGGUAAUCGAGGUGCAUAGCAAGCAAAUUCGGCAUGGAUAACAGCAUUUACUAUCCUACCACACAAGCAAGUCAACAGAUGAACGGCCUGGGGAGAGAAAAUCAGGAGAGCAUGGUGAUGGUUCGAGCAUCAGAAGUAGUGCUGCAAAAAAGAAGCGUCUCGAACAGGUGGGCAGAUCCAAAGGUGGAAGCUGUUAGUCAAGCUUUGCGGGGGAGGGGUCAAUGUGAAGAUUUCUGGACCUCAGGGCCCUACAGUCCCGAUUCGAGAAGUAAAAGCGGACGAAAGCCCAGAGCUCCUGGAUGUUCUAGGAUCCUGUGCCGAAGAUUAGAUAACAGGGCAGGGACAACGCUUUUGGGAGGGGUGGAGCAAACGGGCCUGCAGCGUGGGGCACGCCGUGGUGUGUUGAUGUUAUAUUUACUUUUUCGGCGCAGACCGACGAAGCCGGUGGUAAGUCUAUGAAGACAGUCUGUGAGGAUGGACCUUCCUGUGAACAC